AUGGGUAUCUCCAGGUCGUCCAGGGACAAGCGCCGCUCCACCGGCGCCGCGCCGUCGCCGUACAGGAAGAAGAGGCAGCAUGAGGCCGGCCGCCAACCUGCAGGCACGAAGCUCGGCGCCAAGCGUAUCCACCCUGUCCGCACCCGCGGUGGGAACCUGAAGCAUCGCGCUCUGCGCCUUGAGAGUGGAAACUUCGCCUGGGCGUCCGAGCACUCUACGCGCAAGACCCGCAUCAUCGGCGUCGUCUACAACGCGACCAACAACGAGCUCGUCCGCACCAACACGCUCGUCAAGGGCUGCGUCGUCCAGAUCGACGCUUCGCCGUUCCGCCAGUGGUACGAGGCGCACUACGGCCAGGCCGUCGUCAAGAAGGGUCGCACCAAGGAGGCCCUCGCCGCCGUCGCCGACGAGGCCGACAAGAAGUCGAACCACGUCAAGCGCACCAUCGCCGAGCGCCAGAAGGAGGCCAAGAUCGACCCGCUCCUCGAGUCGCAGUUCUCGGCCGGCCGCCUGUACGCCGUCCUGUCGUCGCGCCCCGGCCAGUCCGGCCGCGCCGACGGCUACAUCCUCGAGGGCAAGGAGCUCGAGUUCUACGUCCGCCGCCUCCGUGCGGGUAAGGCGAAGCACGCCGCCUGA